UUUGAUAAUAAAAAAAAAAGUUAAUAGCCAAUAUCACGUACACAUUGAUCAGUGAUGAUACGAAUCGCGUGAGCGUCCUCGUGUGUUGGAUUCAUUCGAUGGCGUCCUCCUCCGCAAGCAAGAAGAUCCCAGCUGCUGAUGCUACUGACGACGACGAACACACCGAAGUGGAAGAUGAAGAAGAAGAAGAAACUCCUGAGCAUUUUGAUGAUUUCACCCUCGCUUCUUCCUGGGAACGGUUUAUUUCUGAAAUUGAAGCUGUUUGUCGGCUUUGGACGUCUGAUGGUCCAAAAAAUUUAUUGGAAAAAGGGGCAGUUCACUUGGAGUAUUCUGGUAAUUUGUACAAGGUGAAAUCUGAAUUGAAGUAUGCCAUGAAAAGUUACUGCAUGGAGUACUAUUUUGAGACCAAACCUGAUGGCAAACCUGCGGACUGGAAUUUUGAUUUGCAUGAUGUGCAGUUAUGUUUCGGUGUAAAGGAGUUUUUGGUGAUUGCUCCUCAGAGUGCAAGUGGUGUGGUUCUUGAUCCGCCAGAGGCUAGCAAGCUCUUGAGUGCUGUUGCAAUUGCUUUGUCAAAUUGUUCAAGUUUAUGGCCAGCAUUUGUUCCAGUUCAUGAUCCUUCUCGGAAAGCUUAUAUUGGAAUUCAGAGCAUGGGUACUGUAUUUACUAGAAGGUUUGAAGCAGAUCGAAUUGGCAGUCAAGUUCCAAUAAAACUUAUGCAUUUGGAGGGGCUGUACGAAUUAUUUGUAUCGAAGUUUGCGUACUCCACAUUGGAUCUAUCCGUUCAUGAUUUUAAAGUCCGAUUUGCAAUGAAGCUAACAUUCAGAACACUUCCCUAUGAUGAUGACUAUAUGAAAGGUUUUGGUGAAAAAAUUACCAAAUCUGGAGAAAACCUUACUGGGGAAAUGUCCAAUGGGAAACAGUGGGAUGAUGAUUGUUCUUGGAGUGAGUGGUAUUCUGCAGAAGAUCCUGUCAAAGGUUUUGAAUUGAUCACAAUAUGGUCAGAGAAGAUGGUUGAAAGUUCUAUGGAAAUGGCUGAAUUGGAAAAUGCUUCCCCUCAUGAAGCAGAGAAGUGGUUGAUCUCUUUAAGGCCUGAAGGUCCCAAGGGGAAUCGGAUUGGAUUUGCAUCCCAGUUGCAUCUUCUUGUUGAUGCAUUGGAAAUGUCAUUUGAGGCCCAAUUUAUAGAAGAUUUUGUUUCAGCAGUUGAAAAUCCAGGUUCUGAUAAUUUGAAAUCAUCAAUGGUCAUACCUUCACCAGCAGUUAGAGAUCGUGUGCUGAAAGAAUUGUUUAUUGAGGGUGUACAAUUGUCAAAAUUUGCUGAUGACAGACAUAAGACUUCUCGAGCUAUAAAAGGCGCACCACUUGAAUCUCUCUUUGCACAAUUUUGUUUACAUUCUCUUUGGUUUGGAAACUGCAAUAUACGAGCUAUUGCUGUGCUAUGGAUAGAGUUUGUUCGAGAGGUUAGGUGGUGUUGGGAAGAGUCACAACCAUUACCCAGGAUGCCAGCCAAUGGAACAAUUGACCUUUCAACUUGUUUGAUUAACCAGAAACUUCAGAUGCUAGCAAUAUGCAUCGAGAAGAAGUGUCAGCUAAAUGAAGACUUUCAAGAUUGUAUUGGAAGUUUGGAUCAUAUAGAUUCUAUGACUGAGCAGGAAGAAAGUGUGAUUGGGAAUGACUCGUUCAAUAAACAGACACUCAGUGAGGGUUUUUCUGGGAAAGUUGACAGGGACGAAAAAUCCACUGUUAGCAGAGAGCCUGAAGAUGUAAACCUGUUUAAUGAUAAAAAAUCUUCAGACUUCACCAGGAGAGGUUCAGCUGGUAUCGUUGAUUCUAUGAUGCUUCUCAAGUCAUAUCAAAGUAUGCAUGCCCCAUACACACAGGAAGCACCUCUUAUGACAGAAGACAUGCACGAGGAGCGGCUCCAGGCUGUUGAAGCCUUUGGUGAUUCGUUUAAUUUUUCUGCUCAGCUGGAAAGGGAUAUCUUAAACUCAGAUAUGUCAUCAUUUAAAGCUGCAAAUCCAGAUGCUACUUUUGAAGAUUUUAUUAGGUGGCAUUCUCCCGGGGAUUGGGAAGCGGAUAAUGACUCUGAGGUCGCAGGAUCAUCAUCAUCCAGUGCUCUUGACAUUAAUAAGUCAAAAGAUGAUUGGCCUCCACGAGGGCGGCUUUCUAAGAGAAUGUCUGAGCAUGGAAAUUUGUGGAGAAAGAUUUGGGAUAGCGCACCUUCUCUUCCUGCUUCUGAACAGAAGCCUCUUCUUGACCCAAAUAGAGAAGGAGAAAAGGUUCUUCAUUAUCUUGAAACUUUACAGCCACAUGUAUUGCUUGAGCAAAUGGUGUGUACUGCCUUCAGAGCAGCAGCCGAUACACUAAGUCAGACUAGUUACGGGGAAUUGAAACAGAUGGAUACCAAGAUGCAGCAACUAUACCUUACCAUAGCACCUGCUUUGAGGCCUUUGCAAGUAAACCGCUUGUCUGCAGACAGUGAGACCAUUGAAGACUUAAGAAGACUAAGUGUUGUUUUCGAAAAUGUGGAGAAAUUACUUACUCUUGCAGCUUCUCUUCAUCGCAAGCUUGUACGAGCACCACGCCUCUCCAGAGAAAUUUUCAGUGAUUACUACAGCUUCUACAUUCCAACAAUGGGAACAGGCUUGUCAGAAGACAUUGAAAAGGAGUUUGACAAGAAACAAGUAGUAAAGGACCGUGAGAGGGAAGUCUUGUCAAAUAUGUUUGUUCCUCCCACAGCUAACCAGUCUUGGAGGAAGGUUUUGAGCAUGGGAAAUCUUCUCAAUGGUCAUGAACCUAUCCUCAGGGAGAUUAUUUUUUCGCUGCGCGACAGAUGGAAUGGUAAUCACUAUGCAGCUCGUGGUGGUAGUGUUUCUCAACAAGAAAUUGAAACUUACAGAAUGUACAUAUGUGGAACCUCUAAUGACUUACGGGUAGCACUUUCUGUUGUCUCGUGUGAUUAAUUUUAUGUUGUUUAUUGGUUACAAUGUGUCACAUAUUGCAUCCGGUCCUCUAAUUGAAGCUUAGCUGAAUCUCUCUCAAAUCCCAAUAGCGUUCCAACCCAAAAACGGAAAGAGGUUGGAUUAAUUAAUUUAAGUCUAAGAGGGAUCAAAGUGUAAGUGAAACUUCUAUUCUUUUUAUAUUGUUUGUUCGUUGCUGUUGUGA